AUGUACGUAGCUGUUAUUGAGCCGAUCCUAACCUAUGGGUCAGAGGUCUGGGGGGCCUCUAUCACUAAAGUGCACAUAAAAAGGAAACUACUCUCGGCGCAGAGGCUGGCUUUAAUAUCCAUUACUAAAGCUUACAAAACCGCGCCAACGGACGCACUACUGGCAACAGCGAAUUUGGUUCCUAUAGACCUAAUCAUCACAGAAAAGUUUUGGAGCCAUCAGCAACGCAGACUGGCCAACCAGACCAUCAGGCAACAACACUACAUCAAUACAAUGGGAAACAUGGUGGAUAGCACAGUGCUUAACAACAUUUCCGACCACAUUAACCGGUUUGAACUGGACCACAACCAACGGCAAGUAUUUUACCAUCCCACCUUCUCCCUCGACGAGCACUUCAACAUGGACGACCCCGAAGUCUCAACUGACUUCAGGGUAUAUACCGACGGUUCUAAAUCAGAGGACGGGGUUGGAUGCGCGAUGGUUGUCAUGAAUAAAUCCACAAACAUCUACCAGGCUAGUUACAAGCUGGCUAACCACUGCACGGCCAACCAGGCGGAGUCCCUGGCCAUCUACAGGGCCCUGCAUUGGAUCCAUAAUAACUAUACCUACUAUAACAUCAAGACAAUUACAAUUUAUAGUGACAGUCGUGUGGCCUUGCUACAACUAAAAAAUAUGAACAACAAGCACAACAUUGUGCGCAAUAGCAUCACUCUUCUCACUAACAUCAGGAACACCACUAUUAACUUUUCCUGGGUCCGUGGCCACUCCGGGGUCCCUGGGAAUGAGAGGGCCGACCUGUUGGCCCGCACCGCCCAUACCUGGUGCCACAACACUUCCUACGACCUCAUUCCGCCAACCUGGCUUAAAAACAACAUCAGAGACUAUACAUGGAAGGUCUGGCAGGAAAGGUGGGAAACGAGCCAUACAGGCAGGAUAACCUAUGGCUUCAUCCCGAAUGUUCGAAAAAGAAGCAAAUAUAAGCACUUCAUCACAAACCACAGCAUCACACAACUCAUCUCAGGACAUGGAAACUUCCGAUCCUAUCUUCGGAGGUUCCUGCAGAAGACAGACGGAAGGUGCCAGUGUAACCUAAACGAGGAUGAAGACCCGACCCAUAUCAUUUGGAACUGCCCCCUGUACUGUAAUGAAAGAAGACAACUAAUUGAAACUGUUCAAAGCAACAACGAUUUAUGGCCUUGCCAAAGUUAUGCUUUGAUCGAAAACAGCAAAUACUACAAGGCGCUCAAGGGCUUUGCUACUGCCAUCAAAAUUUUGGACUAA